ACGAGGCUGUGAUUGGAGGACUGAAUCAGGGCUCAUCGCGUUACGUGCACGAGUGGAAUGUUCCCUCGCAGAGAGGCACAACUAUAGAGGAAAGAACGAAACAAACAGGAGAAAAACGUCCUCGAAAGAGAGUAAAAUCACCUAGAACCACACCAGGGAAACUCUUUGUAAUUCACGCUUUGAAGUAGCCCUUCGUCACGUGCCAUAAGUCCUAAUUUGGAAGGCUUUGGACUGUUUUAGCAGCUUCAACAAAUAGGUUUUUCCCAGGAGAUAGUGGCUUCAGCUCUAGACAGACGGACUCUGUAAAUAGUGACACUGAUGAGAACACUGGAUCAUCAUGUACUGCCACAUUUGCUACCCUGUCAGGGUUUUCAACAAGAAGAGAUUGUAAAGAGGCCUUAGAGAAGUCCUCAUCCUCUUCACAUAUCCUUCCCGUGUCCACUCAUCUCCACAACUGAUUGGAUACUUCAGUAUUUCAUCACAACCAACACAGCCAUACAGUUCUACAACUCGACCUUCAUGAUGAAAAGCACCUUCACGAUCAUCAUCUUUGGCGUUUUAGUAGCUUCCGUCUUCCGCUCACCAUUGGCCGAGGGUGGGCAGAACCCAGACUACAUGCUUCAUGGUACUGGAGUCAAGCCCGGAUCAGAUCCAAGGCGAGCUCAGGCAGGAGACGGGUCCACCGUGGCUCCAGAGGACGCUGUCCGCUUCCUCAGCUGCUACUGUUCAGGCCACUGCCCCGAAGAUGCCACAAACAACACCUGCGAGACAAAUGGCCAUUGUUUUGCUAUCAUAGAGGAGGAUGAGCAUGGCGAGGCGAUCCUGACCUCAGGCUGCAUGAAGUAUGAGGGAUCCCACUUUCAGUGCAAGGACUCUCCUAAUGCUCAGACCAGACGGACCAUUGAGUGCUGCUCCACAGAUUUCUGUAAUAGAGACCUUCAGCCCACACUUCCACCUCCUAUUCCAGGAAAACCUCCAUUUUGGAACGCCCACUUGCUGGCCUUCCUGAUCUCUGUGACAGUUUGUUGCUUCACUUUGGUUGCCAUUACUGUGGUGUGCUACUACAGGUUUAAGCUGCAGACGGGACGGAGACAUUAUCAGAGGGAUCUGGGGCCGAUUGAGGCCUUCAUCCCUGCAGGAGAGUCUCUCAAAGAUCUCAUUAGUCAGUCCAGCACUGGCUCUGGGUCAGGGCUCCCCCUGCUGGUUCAACGCACCAUCGCUAAACAUAUUCAGAUGGUACGUCAAAUCGGAAAGGGCCGUUAUGGAGAAGUGUGGCUCGGCCGCUGGAGAGGAGAAAAUGUGGCGGUGAAAGUGUUCUUUACGCGUGAAGAGGCCAGCUGGUUCAGAGAGACUGAGAUUUACCAAACCGUGCUCAUGAGGCAUGAGAAUAUACUCGGCUUCAUAGCUGCAGAUAUUAAAGGCACAGGAACGUUCACUCAGCUUUUCCUCAUCACAGAUUACCAUGAGAAUGGAUCCCUCUGUGACUAUCUGAAAUACACCACCCUGGACACACAGGCUCUGCUGAGACUAGCAUACUCUGCCGCCUGCGGCCUGUGCCACCUCCACACAGAGAUCUACGGCACGCAGGGCAAACCUGCCAUCGCUCACAGAGACCUAAAGAGCAAAAACAUACUGAUUAAAAAGAACGGCACAUGUUGCAUCGCUGAUCUGGGCCUGGCUGUCAAAUACAACAGUGAUACCAACGAGGUGGACGUGCCUAUAAGCACAAGGAUGGGCACACGGCGGUACAUGGCACCAGAGGUCCUGGAUGAAACCCUAAAUAAGAAUCAAUUCCAAGCAUACAUAAUGGCUGAUAUUUACAGCUAUGGUCUCAUUGUUUGGGAAAUGGCCCGUCGAUGCGUCACAGGAGGUAUUGUUGAGGAGUAUCAGUUGCCAUACUGGGACAUGGUACCCUCAGAACCGUCCUAUGAGGACAUGAGGGAAGUGGUGUGUGUUAAAAGCAUGCGGCCAGUGGUGUCUAAUCGCUGGAACAGUGACGAGUGCUUACGAGUCAUGCUAAAACUUAUGUCUGAAUGCUGGGCCCACAAUCCAGCCUCACGCCUCACAGCUCUUCGUGUCAAGAAAUCCCUCGCCAAAAUGGUUGAAUCACAAGACAUCAAAAUAUGAGCAGUACUCGUUCCACUGCCAGUCUGAAAGAAAUCAAGGAGAUACUUAUGCUCAUUUUGUGAAUUACUGCUUCAGUUCCUAACCAGACCUAGGGGGGCACUGCUGAGCAGAACAUUUACCUCCCUGUCUGGCUGUAAUUCCUCACCCAUGUUGCAGUUACGCUCUUAGUGUCAUAUAGCACCCUCUGCUGGACAGUAUGUGCCAUAACGCAUCAAUGGGGAACCAAGGACGAAAAGGACAACUGAUCUACAGGCAUCGGUACUCAUGUCAGCCCCAUCGCCACUAUGUUUCCUUUUUUCAGGAACUCUUAUGUUUUGGGAGAGAACUGAAAAGCAUAUGGUGCUUUCUGUGAAAGCCGUGAAAUAUGAAACAUUGGUAUGGAGGACUAGCAUAGUGGCAAGAUUUGUCAUGGGAGCGCAGUAAUGGAGCCAAGGUUUUAGUGAAUGACUUGAAAAGUGGACAUAUUUGGGGUGAUUUUUGGACUGAACCCCCAUCCAUAUGCUUGGGAUGUGGUCUGGUGUGGUUAACGACACAAAAUGGACACACUGCAUUUGGGCCAUGUGUGGUAGUGGCCACCGAAUUGCUUCUCAAUUGAAAUCAAAUG